AUGAGAGACCUAAUCAAGGUCGCUGCGGACGGCUCGAGAACGCUGAAGGACACUCAGGAACUUGAGGAGAACGCUAAACUUGCGAGGAGGAUAUUUGACGUUGCUCCGGAUGAAUGGAAGCAGCUGCUCCUGGCGCCAGUCACGGCGCGUACGGUGCUCACGGUCUCCAAGUUCGUGUUGAAGGCGGGGAUGAGCUACGGGAUCAGGAGAAUUGAAGGAGUGGAGGGUGAAACCCUAGUCUGCCGUGCUGUCAACUGCUUUUGGGGGGUUCUGGGGGGCGAGGAGGAGAGGUUCUGCAACUUCCUAUCGCACGAGGUGACUCUUGCGGUGGUCAGGGAGGGCCGCUUCCUCGGUCCGGCAGGGGCCCCCAAGGCAAGGUUGCUCUGUUCGCCCAUCUGGGAAGGGGACCGCCCGGCGCAAUUGAGGCAGCUCAAGGAGGGUUUCAAGCGCUGGGGCGGGAAGCCGAAGCAGCAGACUACGUGGGAGGAGGUUCGUGGCCGUCCGAUCGACUGGUGGGGAGCUGUUGCAUUUUCUGGGGGCCGGUUUGGCCUGCCCAGACGCGGGGAGAAGGAGACUUUGGAGCAUGGGCUCUUUUUUGCCCACGCAUCCAGCCGGUGGUUCGGGCGCUCCUGA